AGAGUGAAUUAAGGCCUUGUGCAAAUCGACUACACGGUAAUAACAAAAGGAAACAUGACGAAAAACAAAGGAUACUCUGUGUCGAAUGUUCGAAUGUAAAAUCUAGAUAAACAGUUGUAAUAGUGGUUCCACUAACGACGAGCUUUUCAACAAAAAUCAACCGAUAACCAUUUGAUUAUUAUGUAGUUAAAAAACAUACAAGCUUCCAAGCCCAACUUGGCUUUCAAUCCAACUAGUCAGCCUUGGUCACCACUAAAAUCUUAGCACUAAAAUCUUUCACGCUUGUAACAUGGCAUGUGGAAAUUUAGGAAAUCCUUAUCACAUCCAAGCCAUCAUUAUUGGCUUAUCCAAACGUGAACCAAAGAGAAUAUAUUUUCGGAAGAUACCGAGUAAAUAGGUUUACGGAGCUCAAUCGUGUGAGUUCAAAGUGUUUUUGAACGGUCUGAAUUGAAAAUUAAUUUUAACCGUUAAAAAAAUAACUUUUAUCGGUCAAAAUUGAAAAGCAAUCUCAACUAGUAAUUGCAAAAAUGGACAAAUGUGAUUCCACAAAUCUGCAAAAAACUUGUUCACGGCUCCAUGUGAAUAAGUUUAUCUCGUGAACCAAAUAACAGCAUGAGUUAACUGCUCACCCCCAUUCAGCUACUCAUUGAGGGGAGGAAAAAGCAAAGAAAGAACGAAAGCAAUGUUCACUUUUCUGUCGUUAAUCCUUCUGGCUCAGGCCAUAUCCCCUGCCUCCUCGCAUGGAAAAAACAUAUUCCUACUGGCCGGACAAAGCAACAUGUCCGGCCGUGGAGGCGUGACCAACGGCACCUGGGACGGCGUCGUCCCGCCCGAAUGUGGCCCCAACCCGUCGAUACUCCGCCUAGCCGCAAACCUCACGUGGGUCCCCGCAACCGAGCCGCUCCACAAGGACAUCGACGUGAACGUAACCGUUGGGGUCGGGCCCGGAAUGUCGUUUGCCAAUUCGGUGUUGGCCAACGACUCCAGCCUCGGCGUGGUAGGACUGGUGCCUUGUGCCGUCGGUGGGACUCGUGGGACCAAGAUCAGCCAGUGGGUUCGGGGGAGUAUGUUGUAUGAGCAACUGGUGAGGAGGGCUGGCGCCGCCGUGCGAGGCGGAGGGAAGAUUCAGGCGAUGCUGUGGUAUCAAGGGGAGAGUAAUACGGUGGACAAAGAGGAUGCGGAGUUGUACAAGGGGAGAUUGGAGAAGUUUUUUGUGGAUCUUAGAUCUGAUUUGCAGUCUCCUUCGUUACCAAUAAUUCAGGUGGCAAUAGCAUCGGCUCAAGGCCCAUUUAUUGAGAAAGUAAGAGAAGCACAACUGAGAUUAGACCUUGCAAAUGUCAAAUGUGUUGACGCCAAGGGACUAGAGCUUGGACCAGACCAUUUGCACCUGACCACUUCAGCACAGGUUCAACUCGGGGAGAUGUUGGCCGGUUCAUUCCUCCGGCCCCGGCCCAGACCCCUCAAGAAUAAUGCCCCCUCCAGGUUUCCUAAUUACGUUGGAGGCCUUCUCCACUAGCCCCCACCCCAAAUUUAGUUCUUUAAUUGUUAUUUUUUAAUUUAUUUUGAACAUUAACAAAUUCAUUAUUAAUAACAAGGUCACGUACAAUCCACUAUAAGCAGUUAUUACAA